AAAUAUAACGGCCUGGAUGGUAAACAUUUGAAGCAUUCCAAGAUGAAGGGUGCACUGGUAUUCCUUGCCUUGGUGGCUGCCGUCUAUGGUGCCGGGGAUUUCAGUGGACAACAAGUCCUGAGAAUUCUUCCCAUCAGUGAAGAUGAAGUUAGCGUGGUCCGGGAGCUGGAAAACUUUGAGGACCUGGGGCUUGACUUCUGGACAUCACCCUCACAUGCCAAAAGACACAUUGACAUCCGUGUGCCAUUCUACAGCCUCCAGGAUGUCAAGGUCUACCUGGAGUCCAACAACAUUCAAUACAGUAUCAUGAUCCAGGACUUGCAGGCUUUGCUGGAUGAAGAACAGAGAGAAAUGAAGUUUGGUCGUUCUAUGGAAAAUACCCGUUCCACUGACGCCUUUAACUAUGCCGCCUACCAUACCUUCGAUGAGAUUAACAACUUUAUUGACGCACUGGUGGCUGAAAACCCUGGUUUAGUGAGCAAGAUUGAGAUCGGCAAGAGCUAUGAAGGUCGCCCACUCAAUGUCCUCAAGUUCAGUACUGGAGCCAACCGUCCUGCUUUCUGGAUUGAUACUGGAAUCCAUUCCCGCGAGUGGGUAACACAGGCCAGUGGAGUAUGGACUGCUAAAAAGAUUGUCUCAGAUUAUGGCAAAGAUGCCUCUCUCACUGCCACCCUGAACAAACUGGAUAUCUACUUGGAAAUUGUCACCAACCCUGAUGGCUAUGUUUACUCCCACACCACGAACCGUAUGUGGCGUAAGACCAGAUCCCCUAACACUGGCUCUACCUGUGCAGGAACUGACCCCAACAGAAACUGGGAUGCUGGCUUUGGAGGUGGUGGAUCCAGCAACAACCCUUGCUCUGAGACCUACAGAGGACGUGCUGCCGAAUCUGAGUCAGAAGUUAAGGCUAUUGUGAACUUUGUGAAGAGCCAUGGCAAUAUCAAGGGAUUUGUUUCAAUCCAUAGCUAUUCUCAGAUGCUUCUCUACCCUUAUGGAUAUACUACGGUUCCUGCCAGUAACCAAGCUGAACUGCAUGCAGUGUCUAGAAAUGCAAUUAACGCUUUGGCCUCCCUCUAUGGCACCUCAUACGAAUAUGGAAGCAUCAUCACCACCAUCUACCAAGCCAGUGGUGGAACCAUUGAUUGGACCUACAACCAGGGUAUUAAGCACUCCUAUACGUUUGAGCUUCGUGACACUGGUCGCUAUGGAUUUGCUCUUCCAGCUAACCAGAUCAUCCCCACUGCUGAGGAGACCUGGCUGGCUCUUACUGUUCUUAUCAAUCACACCCGUGACAAUCCCUAUUAAACUAUAAUAUAGUAUGUACAAUAAAAAUUCAUAACCAUCCUAAA